AUGCCUUCUGCCACGCAGGCCCCGGCGCCUCUUUCCAAUGGAGUGCCCACGAUUGAUAUUCCAGAUGGCACGUCCACUCCUGGCUCAGACAACCUCAUCUCUGCCAACGACAACAUCCGCCGCUUUGAUCCUCCUUCCAGAGUAUUGAGCCCUACACAACAUGCGCUCUUCCACAAUAAGACAAGAUGCUUUGUCUAUGGCAUGCAGCCCAAGGCAGUUCAGGGCAUGCUCGACUUCGACUUCAUCUGCAAGCGUAAGACGCCUUCAGUUGCCGGAAUCAUCUACACUUUCGGCGGUCAGUUCGUCAGCAAGAUGUACUGGGGUACUAGCGAGACCCUUUUGCCUGUCUACCAAUCCGUCGAGAAAGCCUUCGAGAAGCACCCCGAUGUUGACACGGUCGUGAACUUUGCCUCGUCUCGAUCCGUUUAUAGCUCAACCAUGGAGUUGAUGAACUACCCCCAAGUCCGCUCGAUUGCCAUCAUUGCCGAGGGUGUCCCUGAACGACGCGCCAGAGAGAUCAUGGUCAAGUCGAAAGAGAAGGGCAUCACCAUCAUCGGUCCGGCCACGGUCGGAGGCAUCAAACCCGGUGCUUUCAAGAUUGGAAACACUGGUGGUAUGAUGGACAACAUUGUUGCUUCGAAGUUGUACCGUCCUGGUUCGGUCGGCUACGUCUCCAAAUCAGGCGGCAUGUCCAACGAGCUUAACAACAUUAUCUCUCAAAACACGGAUGGUGUCUAUGAGGGUAUUGCCAUUGGUGGUGACAGAUACCCUGGCACGUCUUUUAUCGAUCAUCUGCUCCGAUACCAGAACGAGCCUGGCUGCAAAAUCCUUGUGCUCUUGGGCGAGGUUGGUGGUGUCGAGGAAUACAGAGUCAUUGAGGCCGUGAAGAAAGGUCAGAUCACCAAGCCCAUCGUCGCGUGGGCCAUUGGAACCUGUGCGAGCAUGUUCAAGACUGAAGUACAAUUUGGUCACGCCGGUGCUUCGGCAAACUCCCAGCUUGAGACUGCCGUUGUCAAAAACCAGUCUAUGAGAGAGGCCGGCUUCUUCGUCCCAGACACGUUCGAAGAGAUGCCCCAACUCUUGGCUCAGGUUUACCAGAAGUUGGUAAAAGACGGCACGAUCACGCCUGCUCCCGAACCAUCCCCACCCAAAAUCCCCAUGGAUUAUGCCUGGGCUCAGGAACUGGGACUCAUCCGAAAACCCGCUGCUUUCAUCUCCACCAUCUCCGACGACAGAGGCCAGGAAUUGCUGUAUGCCGGUAUGCCGAUCUCAGAUGUCUUCAAAGAGGACAUUGGUAUUGGUGGUGUCAUGUCACUUCUGUGGUUCCGUCGCCGACUUCCUCCUUAUGCUAGCAAGUUUUUGGAGAUGGUUCUCAUGUUGACUGCCGACCACGGCCCGGCGGUCUCUGGUGCCAUGAACACCAUCAUCACCACCCGUGCUGGCAAGGACCUCAUUUCCUCGCUGGUGGCUGGUCUCCUGACCAUUGGUUCCCGGUUCGGUGGUGCGCUUGAUGGCGCCGCUGAGGAAUUCAGCAAGGCCUUUGACAAGGGCUGGUCGCCCCGAGAAUUCGUCGAUACCAUGAGAAAGGAGAACAAACUUAUCCCUGGUAUUGGUCACCGUAUCAAGUCCCGAAACAACCCCGAUCUUCGUGUAGAGCUUGUCAAGGAGUAUGUUUUGAAGAACUUCCCCUCACACAAAUUGCUCGACUAUGCUCUUGCCGUUGAGACGGUCACCACAUCCAAAAAGGACAACCUCAUCUUGAACGUUGACGGAGCUGUGGCCGUGUGCUUCGUUGAUCUCAUGAGAGGCUCUGGCGUGUUCUCUUCCGAGGAGGCCGAAGAUUACAUGAAGAUGGGUGUUCUCAACGGGCUCUUCGUGUUGGGACGGUCCAUCGGUCUCAUUGCUCACUACCUUGACCAGAAGCGUCUCCGGACUGGGCUGUACAGACAUCCUUGGGACGAUAUUACCUACCUCCUGCCAACUCUUGCCAAGGGCUCUGGCACCGAGGGGCGAGUUGAGGUUUCGGUGUAA